AGGCUGCCGGGAGCGCGCGGCGGGGACGGGGCGCAGGCGCAGAGCAGAGGCUGCCGGGAGCGCGCGGCGGGGCGGAAGUGGCCACCCGCCCUGUCCCGCUCUGCGCAGGUCGGCGGCAGCCCACGGGUUCCCGGAGCUAGGGUCUCAGUGGCCUACAGCAGCUCUGUGGAGGUAGUAGUUUAAGCUGUUGGUUCCACCAGCCAGUCUAACAGCACACCUCAUCUGCUGUGCCCACCAAGCAGAGGGGGCAGGAAGAGGCCCAGGCUGCAGUGGAGGCCGGUGUCCCUGCUCUGACCACGUUUCCACCCUCCCCCAAAUGUAGCAUGUAUGCCCGUGGGGCUCCCACAGACACUCGUGGCCCUGUCAUCUGAGUGCAGAUCGUCCUUUGCAGCAGUGUGGCCGUCCUCACGGCCGUACAGGUCCCACCCGGCGUGCAGUCUGAUGCCCAUCCCGCCCUCUGACCCCCGGGAAUGGAAUGAGCCUAUGCACUCCCUCCGGAUCAGUGUGGGGGGCCUUCCUGUGCUGGCAUCCAUGACCAAGGCUGCGGACCCUCGCUUCCGCCCCCGCUGGAAGGUGAUCUUGACGUCCUUUGUGGGUGCUGCCUUCCUCUGGCUGCUAUAUUCUCACCGCCCAACACCGGCUCCAGGCAGGUCCCCCACCCACAACACACACAAUUGGAGGCUCAGCCAAGAACAUACGUCGCACUACAAUGACACCUACCCCCUGUCACCUUCACAGAGGACUCCAGGGGGGAUUCGGUACCGGAUCGCAGUCAUUGCUGACUUGGACACGGGGUCUAGGGCCCAGAAGGAAAACACCUGGUUUAGUUACCUAAAGAAGGGCUACCUGACCCUGUCGGACAGCGGGGACAAGGUGGCUGUGGAGUGGGACAAAGACCGUGGGGUCCUGGAGUCCCACCUGGCAGAAAAAGGGCGGGGCAUGGAGCUCUCCGACCUGAUUGUCUUCAAUGGGAAACUGUACUCGGUGGACGACCGCACAGGGGUCAUCUACCAGAUUGAAGGCACCAAGGCGGUGCCCUGGGUGAUCCUUCCUGAUGGCGAUGGUUCAGUGGAGAAAGGCUUCAAAGCCGAGUGGCUUGCUGUGAAGGACGAGCACCUGUAUGUGGGUGGCCUGGGCAAGGAGUGGACCACCACCACCGGGGAGGUGAUGAACGAGAACCCGGAGUGGGUGAAGGUGGUGGGCCACAAGGGCAGCGUGACCCACGAGAACUGGGUGUCCAGCUACAAUGCUCUGAGGGCUGCCGCUGGCAUCCGACCUCCAGGCUACCUCAUUCACGAGUCCGCCUGCUGGAGCGACACGCUGCAGCGCUGGUUCUUCCUGCCACGCCGGGCCAGCCACGAGCGCUACAGUGAGAGGGACGACGAGCGCAAGGGCACCAACCUCCUGCUGAGCGCCGCCCCCGACUUCCGGGACAUCUCCGUGAGACAGGUGGGGGAGCGGGUCCCCACACACGGCUUCUCGUCCUUCAAGUUCAUCCCCAACACCGACGACCAGAUCAUUGUGGCUCUCAAGUCGGAAGAGGACAGCGGCAGGAUUGCCACCUACAUCGUGGCCUUCACGCUGGACGGCCGCGUGCUGCUGCCGGAGACCAAGAUAGGCAGCGUCAAGUACGAAGGGAUAGAGUUCGUCUAGACGAGCGAGUUCCCACGUGCAAGGCCGCGGGGGGCGCCGUCAAAACAGGGACGCACCUGCGCUUGUUUUGUUUUGUCUUUUCUAACGGAGGUGUGUGACUGGCCUAGAGAGUUCCAGAACAGAGUGUCAAGCCCCAGGCCGUGAGGCACAGCCGCAGGUAUCAUGUCCUGGAGCUGGGCGCAAGGGCAGGGGUCCCAUGGAGGGGUCCCCUCCACCCCUCCGUGACUGCACUGUCACCUGGUGGUGGAAAGUGGUACUGCUGCGGGCACCUUUGGGGCGCCUGGUCUUCAGAAUUUUGCUCCUGCCCCUCCCUCUCUUCCUCCCUCCCUCUCUCCCUCCCACCCACUCUGUCCUCCUCCCUUCCUUCCGUCUGGCCUCCCUUGCCUUUCCAUUUGUUUUGUGGCCAGUCCACCUUUCUGAAGCAACCAGGGUAUGUUAAGCACUGUGCCUCACCCUGGGAGCAGGAGCCAGUUUGAAGUGGGUCUGCCUGGUGGGACUCCCAGGCCACCCUCUCUUCCUCCUGUGUGUGGAAGUUCCUCUGGGAGUUCCACACCGAAAACCCUAGGAAAGUAAAUGUUUACAUGGCAGGUUGAAGGGCCGACCCUCAGGACACCCCUGCCCACACCUCUGAGGUGGCCCCGGCACAGGCUUGCUCCCAAGCUGUUCAUGAAGUGCUCACCGCUUCCCAAGGACUCCGCUUUCUCCCUUCCGGAGGGUUCUGUGGCUGUGGAGCACUUUGAAGUUUUAAUUAUUAACCUAUAUUUUAUUAAACAAUUCUCUUUCCUAUAAAACAGAAUCACAAGUCUUAUCAUGCAUUUCCACAUUGGCCCCAGCAGGACGGAAGCACGGUGGCGAGCCGUUAGCCUUUAUACAGAGAGUUUCUAAGUCUCUGCCUUCUCACAGCUUUCAGAAACUGCCAUGCCCUUGUCUCUCAGCAGUAGCUUGAAUGUUUUGCCCUGAUGCAGGAGAGGCCCUGGGUACUAAUGGUCCUGCAGGUGACAGGAUUGCCCCCGUCAUCCCCUCCAUUUCUAUCUGACUCCCAGUAGGAUUUAGCAGUGUGCUGCCCAGGAAAGAAACACAGGUCCUCGCUGUUCCAUGCUGUCUCUCCUUGAGAGCAAAGGCCUUGGUGAUCCUCACAGACUUUUUCCACUGGGAAGCUGAGGGAGGGCCACCCCCGCUGGGGGACCCCCACUGUCUGCCAGACAAGCCGCAUCAGUGAAGGUGGUCUGGGGUGAGGCAUUUCUAUAGACUUCCCUGGCGCUUUCUGCCUUGGCUGGGAGUUCUAUCGCAUCUCCUUGACGAGUGUCAGCCACGUUAGUCUGUGUAAUUCCAAACUGAGAGAUGGAAUGAGGGAGGCUGAAGGGCCCUUUGCCGGUGUGUCACUGCGGCGUGUGGCACAGCCUUUCCAUACCUUCCUUUUCCCUCUGGUCCCUGACCACAGCAUGAUGAUUGUGUCCGUCCCACCCUCCAUUUAUUUUGUAAACAAUAAAGUGUCAGGGGAAUGUGAA